GGGAGGGCAUGCGUUGUACAGAGAAACUCAUUACCGAGAUUGGUCCCACGGGGACAUGGGUACCUUGGUAAAUCGAUACACGUAUGGAAUGUGUUAACCCGCCUGACUACUCGGGACGGCUGGUGUGUUUGUGGUGUGGCCCGUCGCAAGGUGGUGGGCCUAGAAGCAGCAGCAGCAACAGCAGCAACACCAGAGACACCAGAGACAGAGACACAGACGACGACAUGUUGGCUACAGGGAACACCUCGCCUCGGACUUUACGGUCGCGAGUUUUCUCGGGGAUCCUUGAGUGAGGUGGCCGCGAGCGAACCUGAAAGCGAGGUUGGAGUACGCGAGGGAGGCGCGAGGAGGAGGCACACGCGACGGACUCGUGCGGUCCGUCCGAAGACGACGAGAUCGCAACACGCUUGGCGACUAGUGUGUGGUGCGGGGGCGGCCAGUGUCCGCAAAGUGUUUAGUUCGAGUGUCAUAUUGUUGGCGCAGACAAUUUUUAAGUGA